GUCUCAAGACGUGUCAAAUGACGAGCCUGAAGUACUCGUAAGGGAGUACCUAGCUGUCGUCACUGAUUGGCUCUCUCUCUCACCAGAGACGUUAAACCCUCUCACACACAGAGAGAGGGAGGGAAGAGUUGAUCAGCUCGCAGUCCCUCCCGUUCUGUGUGUUGAUUGGGUCAGCGAGUGCGUGUGUGUGUGUCAUGGCCCGAUGAAAGCAUGUCACUGGCUUUGCCCGCUGUGCACACCAUACGUUACUCGCCCAAGAUAAUAAAUGUCUGUAGCCCGGAUGUUCUUACGCUGUCACACCGGUAGGUAAGUUCACUGUGCCUCGUCUUCCCGUCUCCUCCUCCUCCUUCUCCUCGUGUCGGCAUAUUGAUCAGCCCAGCCACAGGCUCGGGAGGGGGAGCAGCACGACCCUCCCAUCCGUUACUACUACAUGGCUUGACGAGCUGAGGACCGGAAAAGCCGCUGCAGUGUCAAGUUGACUUGGCUGACAGGGCGAUCUGUUGUGGUGUGUUCACUGCUCACACAGCCUGUCUACAGCUAGAGGUGGAGAGUGAGGACAGUGAGCACGACGUCACAGUAGUGUGUCAAUGAGAGUGCGCAGCGCCGCACGGACUGGAGCAGACGUUGCCCGAAGGAACAUGGAUGCCUGACAAACAGUGGACACCAUGCCAACGCUGCGGCGGUCCAAGAGUCUCAACGACAAGAUUGCUCGCCAGAAGAAUCGAGCAGGGGAUAUAAUCCGAGAUCCGAGGUCCCCGGAGGCAGAAGGACGCACCAGACAAUGUGUCGACAACUUUCAGGCGUUGGUCCAUCUCAGGAGGCAGACGGAGGACAAGGCACGACAGCUGGAGCUGGCCUUAAGCUACGCCUCCGGCAGCGCCAUUCGCCACGCCCCCAAUCUGGCCACGCCCCCAACUGGUGGUGUGGAGAUUCCUUUCUACAGAACUCAAUACCGAAACUCCGGUCCACCGAGCUCGGAGGGAAGAGGUCCGGGUCUGUACCGUAGACAACGAUCUGCAGACAACAGGGCGAGUAAGGAGCGGAUAGAGGGCACCCCACAAGUCUCCGGGGGACAAAAUAACGCGCGAAAUGGAUCUCAACAAAGUCUUCAACAGCAGCAUCGGCAGCAACAGCGAGUGUCGUGCGUUCGGCCACAGCAACAACAGCCGCAGCAGCAACAGCGGGUUCAAAGGCCAAUGUCCAUGUUCGAGGCGCGGCCGGUACCCAUGCUGACCCCGCAUGAAGAGCUGGUGAAAAAGGAACAGGUCAUUCAAAACAUGACGGAGAGCCAGCGAGUGCUGGGCAUCCAGAACCAGGUGCUGCUCAACAAGGUAGAGGAGCUGGAGUUCCAGACGGCCCACCUGAAAAAGAUUCUUUCUUCCCACAACAUCUCCUGCACGUCACUUCCUGCCCAGACCACUUCUCCGCGCAUGCCCGUAACUGUCGUCAGCUCGUGCCCUGUGACCCCGCUCACCGCCGGGAGGCCGCCGUUCGGGGGAGCACUGCACGCGAAGGGGGAGCACUCUGUCAGCGGAUACAGCUCCCUGGCGGAGUCGGCGUGCAAUGGCGGGCUGGAGCGUGGGAGGCGGGCCAGCGUCAGUGUGGUGGAGGAGGGCAGGGCUGAGGAGACGGAGGACGAGUGCACGGGGGUCAGGAAACUGUCGGCAGCAGAGUCCGUGGCGACGCUGGAGUCGCGAAUAAGCACGUUGGCCCGCUCGCUGUCGUCCGGGGACAGCAUCUCCAUCAACACGCUGUCUAAGGAUACAGACCUGGAGUCUCUGCACGAAGUAUUAGACCGCGCACUGCAGCGUGAACAAAGCCGCGAGGCCUCGCUCUGCGCGCGCAUCGAGGAACUGGAGAAAACGGUUUCGGAAGUGACGACACAGAAAGCUGUGGUGCUGCGCAAGUACUGGGAGGUCUUAGACGACAAUCGUGAUUUACGAAAAAGCAGAGAGAAUGCCCGGAGACAGCUGAGGGCGUUGAUACACAAGCAGCGAGAUGCAAGGUUCGUGGAGUCGCACUCGGCGUUGCUUGCUGUGGUCGAGCAGCUCCACGGUGUUGACGACGACGUGCUGGCCAGGCUGGACCACGUGAUCACCACUUCGUCUUUGACCACACAAGCUCGCAACUCUCAAGAGAUCGAUCUCACGCUGCAGCUUUCGCAAGUUUUUGAUCAGCUGAGUAACUUGACUGGACUGGACCACGUGGAGCUGGCCACAAAGCUAGGACUGGAUGUUCAAAAGACUGAAAAGAUGAAAGGGUCCGGCGAGUCAGAAGACGACAGGCGACGUGUGGUUGCUGAGACGUGGCUGGCUGCGGUGGCUGGCGACAGGAGUUCAACCCCUCUUGACGAACUUCGCUCUCUACUGGCGGAGAUGGACUUGGACGUUCGACUUUUCGAGCGGACACCCGUCCACGGCCCGGAACGACAGGCGCUAGUGAACACCCUAGCGUACGUUACAGAUCACGUGACAGAAGCACGUGUCCUGCAGAGCGUGCUGGAUGAACUCGUGGUCCUCGACAUCUUGGCGACGGAAGAUGUGUCGUUCGUGCGACAGGUGCUGCAGGUCCCAGCGCGAGGAUUGGCCCGAAUGUGGCACGUGGCCCAAUACUGCGGGACUGGCGUAGUGUCCACUAUGGCGCUAGCCUUUGAACGUUCGGGACUGGCGCACGUGGCGAUAGACUUACAGAUGAACUAGAGUUACAAAACUCGCGCCUCCAUUCUCAAAAUCGUCCAUUGACGCUGGAAACCAGUUUUCCCACAGAUACUCAAACUGUCGACCCAGGUCAAGAUCUUCAGAUGCGAAGGUCAAGGCCGUCUGCUCGAUCCUUCAAGUCCAAACCAAAAGUAGAGUCACUUCCGGCAGCAGACCCCGUCAACCGAGACAACGUGUGGAGCAGACAGCUUCCACCAUCGAGACUUCGCGGCGUCGCGCGUGGACCGAUCCUUAUCGGAAAAGGUGAUCGCGUUUCGAGGGUGUAGCUGGAUCAUCAGCACGAGGGUCAACGUGUGUGACAGUCACAGCACAUCGAGUAAAGCCAACAGUUUACUGAAGUUACCAAGAAAUGAACCUCAGAGCCUCAGCAGAAACUAGUAUCCAUGUUGGCGAAGCUUUCAAGCAUACAUUGGCAAACCAACAGCGAGUCAAAUGAGAGCAAAGGACCACGUUGCAAAAAUUUGCUUGUGGACGUCAGAUGCGUCCCUCAGUUGUAGGACUGAUAUAGAAUCGCUCAAACUGGUGCUUUUUUAUGUUUGGUUAUAAUUUUUUCAAUGCUUUCGGGUCCUUCUUGGGAGCUGUUUGUAUUUUCAAGAGGGUUUUAUUCCCUGGGUGCUCAUCUUCACCUUUUAAGGCUGUGUACAGCUGCCACGCAAGUAACAGUUCAAGCACAGACUUUUCAGCUAGGUAUAAACUAAUUUUUUUCACAAAUGCUCUUGUUAAAUGUGUGGAAUCACAAGGUUGCAAAGUUGUUGGGUUUUUUUUCUUAAAAUUUCUGUUACCAUCCGCUCCUCUGAUGAGCUCUGUUAUUUGAUGAGAUGUGUUACGGCGGUCUUUCAUUCACCUAAUUGCAGAGCAAAAUGGCCGCCAACUCCUUCAAGUGCCAAGCAAUGAACAAAUGCAUGACAUUGGAGCGUUUGCCUGGUGACGGGUCGCUGGCCACAGGGCCUAUGAAAUGGAACGGUAUUUCUCCUUUAGUACUCCUACAUUCCGAGGGCAACUGGUUUCACUCUGGUGCCUUCCUGAAAAACCAAAUGAUUGCGAUAAAACCGAACUGCGUGGCGCAUAAAUGUGGGAGGGGUGACGUUACACGAGGAAGGUUUGGUGGGGAAACGUUGGUUUUAAAGAGAAGCCACGAGUAACUAUUUUACAGGUUGAAAACGUAUUUCGAAAUAUCUGGACUGAAAAGUAUCAUCGUGAAAGUGAUUUCUUAACUGUUGAUACUUUUUCCCAGUAAUUGUUGAAACUUUUGUUUCAGAAAUAAAUCUUUGAAUCAUGUUGAAAUUAAACAUUUUUACUCCAGU